GGGGCGCCGGGAAGUGUAGUCCGCGCGCCGCCGCGGCCCCGGGGUUUGGCAGCGAGGCUCGCUGCGCAGGCGCACUUCCGGCUCCGGGCCGCCGCUGCGGCCAUUGUCCGGCCCCUGUGCGGCUGAGACCACUUUGGGCAGCCGGUCAGCGGGUCAGAAUCCGAGAGAACGAAGCCUGCGGCGGGGGCGGGAGUUAUCCGAAAAGGACCUGAGUGGGCCGGAGGUCGCCAACUCCAGAGCCCCCGGAGGCGGAGAUUCGACCCCAGUCCGCCACCCAGACCCUGGCGAAGCAAGAAUGCCUCCGAGGCCUCCGACGGCGGCGCCCCAGGAAUCAGUGACAUUCAAAGAUGUGUCUGUGGACUUCACCCAGGAAGAAUGGCACCACAUUGACACUGCUCAGAGGAGCUUAUACAGGGAUGUGAUGCUGGAGAACUACAGCCACCUGGUUUCUGUUGGAUAUCAAGUUUCCAAGCCAGAGGUGAUCUUCAAAUUGGAGCAAGGAGAAGAGCCAUGGAUAUCAGAGGGAGAAAUCCAAAGGCCUUUCUGUCCAGACUGGAAGACCAGGCCUGAAGCCAAAUCAUCAUAUCUACAGCAGAAUGUAUCAGAAGUAUCCCAUAGCACAGAUAAUCUCUCGCAUGCCACAUUAGAAGACUCCUGGGAUGUUAACAGCCCACUAGAGAGGCACCAGGAAAAGUGGAAGAGACAUCUGGAGCCAGAGACACCCACUCAGAAGAAAAUAGUCACCCUACAAGAAAGCUUUGAGCAAAAUAAAUUUGGUGAAAACUCUAAGUUGAACAGAGACCUGAUUACACAACUGAACAUUCCUUUGAGAGUAGGGCUUAGUGAAUGUCAGACACUUGGAAGCAAUUUGGGACAUAAUUCAGAUUUACUUAAUCAGAACAAUAUCAUUCCAAAAAAGAAACCCUAUAAAUGUAAUAAAUGUAGAAAAGCCUUUAUUCAUAGAUCAUCACUUACUAAACAUGAGAAAACUCACAAAGGAGAGGGAGCUUUCCCCAAUGGUACAGAUCAGGGAAUUUAUCCUGGAAAAAAACACCAUGAAUGUACUGACUGUGGGAAAACUUUCCUCUGGAAGACACAGCUUACUGAGCAUCAGAGGAUUCACACUGGGGAGAAACCCUUUGAGUGCAAUGUCUGUGGAAAGGCCUUCAGGCAUAGCUCAUCCCUUGGUCAACAUGAGAAUGCUCACACAGGAGAGAAACCCUAUCAGUGUAGUCUCUGUGGGAAAGCUUUCCAGCGCAGCUCUUCCCUUGUUCAACACCAGAGAAUUCACACUGGAGAGAAGCCCUAUCGAUGUAAUCUGUGUGGGAGGUCCUUUAGGCAUGGCACAUCCCUUACUCAGCAUGAGGUCACACACAGUGGAGAGAAGCCCUUCCAAUGUAAAGAAUGUGGGAAAGCCUUCAGUCGAUGUUCUUCCCUUGUCCAACAUGAGAGGACUCAUACUGGAGAGAAACCUUUUGAAUGUAGCAUAUGUGGGAGGGCUUUUGGUCAGAGCCCAUCCCUUUAUAAACAUAUGAGGAUCCAUAAGAGAGGUAAACCUUACCAAAGCAAUAACUACAGCAUAGAUUUUAAGCAUAGCUCAUCUCUUAAGCAAGAUGAAGGCACUCUCACCGAAGUGAAAUCCCACCAUUGUGAUGACUGUGGGGAAGAUUUCAGUCACAUUACAGACUUUACUGACCAUCAGAGGAUCCAUUCUGGAGAGAACCCCUAUGAUUGUGAACAGGCCUUUAGUCAACAACCUAUUUCUCAUCCUGGAGAGAAACCAUAUCAAUGUAACGUAUGUGGAAAAGCUUUCAAAAGGAGUACAAGUUUCAUAGAGCAUCACAGAAUUCAUACUGGAGAAAAACCCUAUGAGUGUAAUGAGUGUGGAGAAGCUUUCAGUAGACGUUCAUCACUUACUCAACAUGAGAGGACCCACACUGGAGAAAAACCCUACGAAUGUAUAGACUGUGGGAAAGCCUUCAGUCAAAGUUCAUCUCUAAUUCAGCAUGAGAGAACUCAUACCGGAGAGAAACCCUACGAAUGUAAUGAAUGUGGACGGGCCUUCCGAAAGAAAACCAACCUGCAUGAUCAUCAGAGAAUCCAUACUGGAGAAAAACCCUAUUCUUGUAAGGAAUGUGGGAAAAACUUUAGCCGAAGCUCAGCUCUUACUAAACACCAGAGAAUUCAUACACGAAAUAAAUUUAAGGAACCCUGAAAUGAAGGAAUGUGUAGAAUGCUUUAGCUAAAAUAUUGUUCUGAUUUGAAGUCAGAAGAUUCUUAAUGGAGAGAAAGCUUGAGAAUGUGAUGAGCUAUGUGUGUGUGUUGUGUGUGGAGAAAAACUAUGCCAGUUGACGGAAUUUAAUUUAAUAAAUAAAAGCCACAUUCUCAUCUGAUUACAGACUAUUGUAAAGCAACUACAAACACCAUAUGUAUCCAGUUGGAAAUAAUAUGCCCAUAUAUUGGAUUUCAUAAAACGUCUGAAUAUAUGCAGGCGAUCACCAUGUUUCAAUAGCUUGACUUGUAAUUCCCAUUGUCAACAGCCUUUUAAAACAAUAAAACUCCUGCAAA